AUGGGCGGAGCUCGGUCGCAACCCGACCACACAGUUGUCAGCAGCGACGGCACCUCCCUGUCACGCCCCCUCUUCUGUGCCGAAGGCCAGCUUCGGAAAAAAAAGAACCUGGGAGGGGGGGUCAGUCAGUCUGUCAGCGCCGGUCCAGCAGGGAGACACAGAUGGGCUUUAGUCUCUGCAGUGUCCCCCAGUGUGACCAUGCUCUCCACAUCAGUCCCUAUAUCAACCAUGGAUGGGGAGGACACUGAAGCCUCCACACCUCUCAACCCUCUCCUGGACAGGAAGUCACCUGGCUGUCAGGGCGGUCUGGUUCCAUCCUGCUGGCUCCUCUACUUUAAGCCCAUCGUGGCCAUCAGUGUUGGUGCGCUGCUGUUUGUACCGGGAACAACCUUGGCCCUGCUCUCCUUCACCCAGGUGGGCAAUGUCCCCUACCUGCUGGGGCCGCUAUUCCUCUUUGUGGGUCUGAUGUUCCUGGUCACCGGCCUGGUCUGGGUCCCUGUGCUCAAACAGAGCGGAGCAACAGCCACUCACUGAGGUCAACCAUGGCAAGGGGGACCAGGUGGAGCACAAGCUCCACUGAUGGGGAACCCUGAACCAGUAACCAUCUGCUCUGAAAGCACAAAGUGA